CCAUUGUUUUCUAGAAUUGAGCGUGAUUGAAAUGAAAAUGAGAAUUUCACUGUUUUUCUGAAGUAGAGCAUGCCUAUUUGAAACUUAUUGAACUGCCCUGAUGAUCUGAAAGUUAUUUGUAAAGAAUGAUUUUCUGUUGACUUCUGCCUGUUUUGUCUCCGAUGUGGUUAUGUUAUUACUGACCCUGCUAGUGGGGGUUAAACGCUAGCACAUGUCGACAUGUUAUUGAUAGGACCGGUUCGUUCGACUGAUCCUGCUAGUGGGGGUUAAACACCAGCAAAUACUGACCCUGCUAGUGGGGGUUAUACACCAGCAAAUACUGACCCUGCUAGUGGGGGUUAAACACCAGCAAAUACUGUAGCCUGCCAGUGGGAGGUUUAAACACUGGCCAUGACCUAUUGAGGAGACGUCUAUUUCGUGCCCGUACUGUUUCGGUUUUCAUAAUUACACUUGUUGGCAUGCUAUGAGUUUAAAUAAACGGUUUGUCAUUGAACGCUUGCUACUGAACUGAAUUUGAUUUUGCAUUAACGGUUUAUCAUAGAAUGUUUUGUUAUGUUAAAUUGUUUAUCAAGCAUGCUAAAAUUUUACCCAAGGGCUAUCCAUCUUUACUUACUGAGUUUAUUUCAUAGUUUUUCCUUGUCCACCAUUUCAGGAAGCGAAACCGAGGACGGGGAAACCACGGGAAGUGACGAGUUAGAAGGCUAGCCAUUUCGAGAUUGAUAUAAUUUUAGAAAUAAAUCAUGUUUUUGUAAGAUAGAUUUUACCUUGUGAUUUUAAGUUUAAGUCAUGUUGGACAUAGAAUUAUUGAAUUAUCUGAUUUAAGUUAUUAAAUUGUCAGAUGUGAA